UUUUAUGACAUAUUAUAUGCCAAAGAACUAUCUAAAUAAAAAUGAUUCCUGUGUCCAUACGACCGCAAACUACUCAAGAACAUAUAAAAACUCUAUCCCACUCACUGCCGGACUACGAGAGUCAGCAAGCGCCGAGAAACUGCAACUCUGCUAGCUCGUACCAAUCAAACAGAUCAACGUACAUCGAAAGACAAACCUCUUUUGAAUUUCUCGAUAAGGCCCGUUUUAUCGCUCGAGAGAAUACUUCUAGCUGGCGAAGCAGAAAGUUUAAGCCUCGACAACAAGAAGAAGAGAUUAAUAUUUGGACUCUAAAACCCCCUAAUUUUAAUCCACAAGCUUUCAGUGUGAAACCCCCUGAGAGAAAUUCGAGAGAAGCGAUCAGACCCGAGAAAUACGAAAAUGAAUCAAGCAGGAAAUAUGCAAAGUUGGUAGUACCAGCAGCCGAAAGGAAAAAAGACUUUAAACGAGAAAUGGAACUUGCAGAUUUAGUCCGGCAAGCUUCAUCAAUUAAUCUACCAAAAACAAAAUUUGAACGACGGCCUAAUUUUGCUGUGUAUUUCCACAUUCUUGAUCCAAGUGAAGCAAAGGCUCAAUUUGUAAAAGAUGGAAUGUACAAACCGCCGCAGUAUGAAAUGCCAAAACCACACGAUUUUAGACAAUACCCUCCACUGAAAUCACUCGGACUGCCACAAUUUAUGACGUCAUAUGACCGAGAUCCAAUGGGAAUCAAUUUUAAGUCAAAACAUCUGAGAACGAUAAUCGGACCGACACUUCAAGUUGUAACACGUGACGUGGAACCCGGUAGUCGGAUAACUCAUGAACGUGAGGAAACUCCGCAGUGGGAUAGGGAACUUAUUCUACCUAAAGCACCAUUCCCAAACAAAAUGCAUGCAUUUUCACGCCACCGUCGAAUGGACCGAUCAGCCAGGAGCGCAUUUUUGGAAAGAGCUGAAGUAGCCAUGAGCAAACGAGCCCAGGAAAUAACAUUACUUCGUCAAGCUUCAAAACGAAAAACACAGAGUGCAAUGCUUGAAGACCAUUCAUUUCCGGCGUUGUCUGCUAUGAGCAGCAAAUGCGCUACCGUCAGCGCCGCUUAGUAUGCAAUAUACAGAAUUUAUCCAAUUUGCAUAUAUCUGCCAUAAUCUAAACAUUCGCAUACUAUACCUGGCGGCCUGCACACGACUUCGUCAGUAUAAUAUU